AUGUUUCGAUCAUUUAGAAACUUACUGAAGCUGAACCUAUCUCAUAAUUAUCUAAAGCAUUUACCAGACACGGAUUGCUUUGAAGAAUUGGUUAGCUUGAAAAUAUUAUUUCUACAUUGCAACAAAAAACUUACAGGACUCCCAAAAGUGAUUCAUCUAACUCUAUACAGUAACAAAGUAGCUACAGUUCCAGGGUACAGACAUUACAUGGUAAACUGAAUUCCUUCGCUGCUCACUCUCGAUUAUUGAGUGAUUACAGACGAAGAACAGACUGAGGAUGUUUCAUUUUGAGCCAGGUUUCGAGCAAUGAACAAGUACAUUAAUAUUUGCAUUCCGGAGUUUAUUCCAAAUAUCACUGAUGAAAUGCACUUAUUCAAUCUUGAAGUAGACAUUUACAGGUUUAAAAGGAUUAAUGAACUCAAUUCUCCUUCAAUAAGGAUUCAAAGUUUGUUCAGAGGUUUUAGAGCUAGAACAACUUAUAAGUAAUUAUUUUACUACAAAGAAAAAGAACAUUAUACAAAUCCAGAAAUCUAUUCGAGGGUGACUCCUUUGAGGGAAACUAAAACUCGAACUUUAUCACAUUAUGAGACAAGAAGGGCUAGCCCAUCUAACCUUGACUAAGCAUCAAGUUAAGAAAAGUGUGGCUAAAGCUAAAAUAUUUAAAGCAGUCCAAUUUCGUUUGAAGAGAAUUAGGGAGAAAAACUGUAUCAAGAACAUGCUAUCAAGAUGCAGAAAAUUUUCAGAGGAGGAAAGUCCAGAACUUUAG